AUGCACGACUUUUGGGGUGGUGUUUGUUUUAUAUUUUUUUGGUGCAUGCACAAUUCCAUUUUAUAUACAUUUCAGUGUUUCUUGUUUCGUUCACUGAACAACCCAGACCAAUUAACUAUGUCAAGAGAUGGUGUAUUUUCUUAUGUCCACUUGGAUGAUCCUAAUAAAGUACUAUAUAUGGAGAGGUGGAAAGAUGAGCCAAUCCCAUUUGAUGAUAUUGACACAACUAAUUUGAUCGAAGCAGUUGUAAAUGUAUAUCCACAAUUAUUCGCUGAAGAUGAAGAAGAAGAUGGGAUGAUAUCAUUUGCAUCUCAACAAUUUGGAUCCAAAAUAUAUAAAAAUAGAAGAUCUAUUAAACAAAAAACAUGGAUGGAUUUAAAUCUACUGAGUUUUCAUGAUGAAAAGAAAGUGGUGGAUAAAACAUUAAUCCCUGCUGUUGCCGGUGAUCCUGAUUUAGCUGAUUUUUUAAAUAAUGGAUUUAAUAGACAAGAAUGUCUGAUUUUACAAUCUCCUAUCCCACAUAGUGAUGUUUCUUUAAAUUCAACUUCGGAAUAUCCAAGUAAUACAUUUAGUAAUCUAAGAUCAAACUCAGUUACUGCGCAUCACCAACAACAACAACAACAACAAUCACGGUCACAAUCACAGUCUCUGCAACUGCAAUUCCAAACUCCUCGUCCUGGCAGAGUUCGUCAAGUAUCGACAGAUAAGUUUCAAACCCCUAUUGGAAGAAUAAUGAGGUAA